AUGCAAGAAAAGGAGGAGGAAGCUUCCCAGGAACAGGCCUUCAAUGAGGAAACAGGUGAAAUCAACUGGGACUGUCCGUGCCUGGGUGGCAUGGCGCAUGGUCCGUGUGGUGAGCCCUUCAAGGCUGCCUUCUCCUGCUUCGUGUACAGCAAGGAAGAGCCCAAGGGUAAAGAGUGUCUCGACAAGUUCCGUGACAUGCAAGAGUGCUUCAGGGAACAUCCUGAGAUCUACGGCAGCUUGGUGGACGACGAUGAGACCCCAGAGGGCAAGGUCGUCGAGGUUGAGCGGUAA